AUGGAGAGGCGUGAGAAGGGAAAGAAAGAGGGAGAUGAAUUCAUCAUUUCUACCUCUAGAUUUAAUGUUCUUGCGUUUACAGAAGAGGAGGGAGAAGGAGAAGAGAGUCCAGAAAUAGAAGAAGGUGAGGUUGUCAUGGAAGGUGAAACUACAGAGGUCUCGUUAAAAGGCACUAAGAGGGGAGCCAAACAAGUUGGUGUAACCACUUCCAAGCAAGGGAGGAGGAAAGUUGUGAACACUAGAGAUUUGAAAAUUUUGAAGGCGCACACAACUCAUAAGAAAGCUUCCUCAGAGAAGCCUCUGUUUGGCUGUCUUCUAGAAUCUCGAGUGAAGCAGGAAAAUCAUGAGAAGUGUAUAAAAGCAGCUUUACCGGGCUGGAAAGUGAUUACAAACUACGAGUAUCACAGGUUGGGGCGAAUACCUGAGAUAGGGGAACAAUUCAUAUGCUCUGCAGUGUAUGCUUCAAAUACAGAGGGUGGGAGAAGGAGAGCACUUGCGGGCACAAGAUUAUAUGACAAAUCAAAUGGGGAUGAGAUAGUUUCAGGAUAUGAUGCAGGACUGGAAGAAGACCCUCUAAAAAAUAAUUUGGAUAGGGCUCUCAUUAAUGGAGAUUGGUUGCGUUGUUUCCCACAAUCUUAUGCUAAGUUUGAAGCUGGAGGAAUCUCUGAUCACGCGAGUGAAAAAGGUCUAGGCAAGUACGAACGAGUUGUAUCAUUCGAGAGCUUCUCUAGGAUUUUACUUCAAGAUCCAAACCUCAUCACCCCUGCAGCAGCUGUAUUCGCCUCUGAUAGGUGGAACAAGCUGGCUAGAAUUGAGGAGAAAUUUUAUGGGCAAAAGUCUUGUAUCAGAUGUAUCGAGACAGGGGAUAAUAAUACAGCUUUCUUCCACAAAGCAGUACAUUCCCGGGCAGCCCAAAAUGCAAUUAGAGUGCUUAUUUCUGCAACUGGAGCGACUCUAACUUCGACUGAUGAUAUUAAACAAGAGUCUGUGAUGCAUUUUCAACGCUUUCUUCAAGUGCAAGAUCCGUUAGGAGUGGAAGCACACGCAACCCGAGACCUUCUCAGUUAUUGUUUUUCUACUUCGACAACUUCUCAGUUGAUCGCCCCCAUCUCCGCAGCAGAGAUACAGGCAGCUCUACACUCUCUUCUCCUAAUGAUAAGGUUUCCUGUCCUAAUGGUUCUUGUCAAUCGCCUGAAGGCACUCUUGCCCGAAGCUAUUGAAGCUAACCAAUGUGCUUUUAUUAAGGGUAGAUUGCUGCUGGAGAAUGUUUUGUUAGUUUUAGAGUUGGUAAACGGCUACCACAAGAAGACCAAUACGAACAAAUGUGCUAUUAAAUUUGACAUAUCCAAAGCAUUUGAUACUGUUAAGUGGUCCUUCAUCUCCUCAGUUCUCAGGGAAGUGCGUCUGCCAGCUCAGUUUAUUCAUUGGAUCAUGGUUUGUAUCUCCACGGCUUCUUUCUCUGUUGUUGUAAACGGAAAUCUGGAAGGGUUCUUCUCUAAUGCUAAAGGUAUUAUUAGACAGGGUUGUUCUCUGUCUCCUUAUCUGUAUGUGAUACUAAAUAAUGUUCUCUCAAAGCUACUCAACAAGGCGGCUUUGGAAGGACAGUUUGGAUACCACCCACAGUAUAAAACAGUCCAGUUAACUCAUUUAAGUUUUGUCGAUGACAUCCUAGUGUUUACGGAUGGCACUGACCGUUCCCUGAAAAGUGUGAUGGAGACUAUGGACAGCUACUCGGCAGGGAAUCAAUGUUGGAACUUUACCCAUCUGGUAUCUAGGACAUCCCCUAAAAACGAAAGUGCUCUCAAAAUCAGACUACGAGCCUUUGAUAGACAAGAUAAGGAACAUAAUGUUGGAUUGGAAGAAUAA